ACAGCUGCAAGUCUCUUGGGGUAUGUCUCUAAGCUUGGCACAGCUAGCCACUGGGAUUUUUGCCCAUUCUUCGAGGCAAAACCGCUCCAACUCCAAGUUGGAUGGGUUCCACUGGUGUACAGAAAUCUUUAAGUCAUACCACAGAUUCUCAAUUGUAUUGAGUUCUGGGCUUUGACUAGGCCAUUCCAAAAUAUUUAAAUGUUUCCCCUUAAACCACUCAAGUGAUGCUUUAGCAGUAUGCUUAGGGUCAUUGUCCUGCUGGAAGGUGAACCGCCGUCCCAGUCUCAAAUCUUUGGAAGACUGAAACAGGUGUUCCUCAAGAAUUUCUCUGUAUUUAGCACCAUCCAUCAUUCCUUCAAUUCUGACCAGUUUCCCAGUCUGUGCUGAUGGAAAAACAUCCCCAUAGCAUGAUGCUGCCACCACCAUGCUUCACUGUUGGUAUGAUCUUCUCGUGUGAUGAGGUGUUGGGUUUGCGCCAGACUGAGUUUUCCUUGAUGGCCAAAAAGCUCAAAUGUAGUCUCAUCUGACCAGAGUACCUUCUUCCAUAUGUUUGGGGAGUCUCCCACAUGCCCUUUGGCGAACACCAAACGUUUUGCUUAUUGGGCUCCAUAUGUUUGCUUUAUUUCUUUCUUUAAGCAAUGGCUUUUUUUCUGACCACUUAAGUAAAGCCCAGCUCUGUGGAGUGUACGACUUAGUGGUCCUAUGGAGAGAUAGUCAAAUCUCUGAGGUGGAGCUUUGCAGCUCCUUCAGGGUUGUCUUUGGUCUCUUUGUUUCAUCUGAUUAAUGCCCUCCUUGCCUGGGCUGUGAGUUUUGGUGGACGGCCCCAAUCUUGGCAGGUUUGUUGUGGUGCCAUGUUCUUUCCCUUUUUUAAUAAUGGAUUUAAAGGUGCUCUGUGGUAUGUUCGAAGUUUUAGAUACAUUUUUUUAGAACCCAUCCCUGAUCUGUACUUCUCCACAACUUUGUUCCUGACCUGUUUGGAGAGCUCCUUGGUCUUCGUGGUACUGCUUGCUUGGUGGUGUUGUAGGCUCUGGGGCCUUUCAGAACAGGGAGAUGACUUUGUCAGAGCGAACGCCUGCAACAGACUGACAGUCAUUGCUGAUCAAAUUAGAUACCUGCAGGAACAAGCCAGAAAGGUUUUAGAGGAUGCCAAGAAGGACGCUGAGCUGCACCACGCUGCAUGUAAUGUAGUCAAGAAGCCAGGGAACAUGUAUUACCUGUACGAGCGGCCCUCCGGACAGAAAUACUUCUCUAUCCUCUCGCCUCAGGACUGGGGUGCCGGCUGCCCUCACAAGCCUUGUGGUGCGUUCAAGCUUCAAUACGACAUGUCCUGGACCCCUCUAGAUGACGUGGCGAAGAAGGACGCUGAAAUCGCCAUCAUGGACAAAAUCCUGAGCCAGCAGACAGCCCUGCCUCCUUGCUUAGAGCCCAACUUUGAGAACAUCUCAAAGUAGAGCUGCAACCUGGAACAGGACCAUCUUAAAGGGGCCACAUUGAGUGGCAUUAAAUGGUCUUAAUGGACAUACAGGGACAGAUUUAAUAGCUUGAGAAACAUAAGCUAACUUGGGGGAGGCAUGUGUAUUGUAAAACACAAUUCAUUUAGUUCUUAUUCAUCUGGCACAAACCUUUAGGCAAGCUCAGUAAAUCUGGUCCCAUUAGGGUUUUAAUGUGUCAGACAGUUGAGUAUGGUUUUCAAAAGGUCUUUCAAGGAAUGCAUUUGAUUUACUUCCUUAAAUUAAAGCAUAUUCCUUUUCACACAAUGGAAAAUUCUUGUUCUGCUAUAUCACUCAAAUGACCAUCUCUAAUAAUAGAUUUGUGUCCAUGUCUUAAUUCUAUUUUCAUGGGGGAACAGGUAACCUGUCCUGUAAUUGGGAGAGAAUGCAUCUUCUGUUUUUGGGACCUGCAAAAUGAUUGUACAGCUGUAAUAAAAUAUUUAAGUAUGGAA